AUGGGCUCAGUCGCAAACUCCGACGUUACGCUACCCGACGCUGUGGUCCCUAAACGUGAGCCUAGUAUCGAGAGAUAUACUUCCUCCGCAGCCUCGUCGCCUGAGCGUGAUGAUAGUGCUGGCGCCGUCUCGGAGAAGACCAACCAGGAGCCGGCGCCAGCACCGAAACGCAAAGGAGGUCGGAAGCCGAUAUAUGCCACGUCCGAAGAGCGUAAACAGAGAAACCGCCAGGCUCAAGCAGCAUUCCGUGAACGACGAACGGAAUACAUCAAGCAAUUAGAGACCACCAUCCAACAUCAUGAGGAGACAUUGCAGAAUCUCCAGCAGAGUCACCGUGCUGCGGCUGACGAGUGCCUGAUGUUGCGCUAUAAGAACUCAUUGCUCGAGCGCAUACUUCUAGAGAAAGGCAUUGAUGUCCAAGCCGAACUUGCCCUCAAGGGCAGUCCCAAUCUUCGCCCUCACCGUGCGCCUCCCAUCACGGGUCAAGCAUCACCCAUGCAGAAGGCCAUGUUGAGUCGUCAGCAGCAAGCGAGACAUCGUCCUGCAAUGGCCCCGCCUAUUCAGACUCCCACUCCACCUUCACAGCAUUCAUCACCCUCAACAGCACGAUCGCCCGGGUUUGCCUUGCAAGGUGGGAUGACUUCACCCGCCACUGAUAUGACAAGCCAGCAACAGCAACCAGGAGGCCGUACACUACCACCUCCACAGCACCAAAACUAUGCGCCGCAGCGUAGAGUCAUGGCACGUUCUAUCUCGAAUUCGAACGCUCCUCACGGAUUUCCGCAGCGUCCCCAGCCAAAUCCUACAAUGCAAGACAAUUACUAUCCUGCCUCUUUUCAGAAACAUUAUUCGCAGCUGGGCAAGUGGUCCCCUUCUUUCUUAUUGCCCCUGUUUGUGGAGCUUUGUUCGUCCUAG